CGCGUCGGAUCACCCUCUAGUUUGGGUGGCGCAUUACGAAGAGCCGAGCUCCCAGGACCGGUCGGGAAAAUGAGGGGUGGUGCAUAAUCCUCGGACGAUCGGAACGGAUAGGGGGGAAAAGGGCCUAAAGAGGGAGGUUUCAUGAGCCGACCGAGAAGGUAACAGAUCCACGCACCUCAGCCCUUCGAACUGCUGGGACCAGAGGCGACUAGCGAGCAGUCAAAGCGCAGGAUGGCAGUGCGCACGCACGCAUGGGGACGUUGCCUUCCAUUCACGGGGCGCCCGGGGCUGCUACGGCGCAUGAGUCAGAAGACGGCGCCGGGCGGAGAGUGCCCCCCUGCGGAGCGCCGGGAGCCCUUUGGGCGGCUCCCUCGGGCAAGCUGGACAGCGGCGCGCGCGCGCGGGCGGAGGCGUGGCUUCCUCUGCAGAAGCCAUGGCCGAACCCCUGAAGGAGGAAGAAGGCGAGGACGGCUCUGGGGAGCCGCCCGGGCCGGUGAAGGCGGAACCCACCAACACCGCCGCCUGUGUAGCGGCCAAGAACCUGGCCCUGCUCAAAGCGCGCUCCUUCGAUGUGACCUUCGACGUGGGGGACGAGUACGAGAUCAUCGAGACCAUAGGCAACGGGGCCUACGGGGUGGUGUCCUCAGCGCGCCGCCGCCUCACCGGCCAGCAGGUAGCCAUCAAGAAGAUCCCUAAUGCUUUUGACGUGGUUACCAAUGCCAAGCGGACCCUCAGGGAGCUGAAGAUCCUCAAACACUUCAAGCACGAUAACAUCAUCGCCAUCAAGGACAUCUUGAGGCCCACUGUGCCCUACGGGGAGUUCAAAUCUGUCUAUGUGGUCCUGGACCUGAUGGAGAGCGACCUGCACCAGAUCAUCCAUUCCUCACAGCCGCUCACUCUGGAGCAUGUGCGCUACUUCCUGUACCAGCUGCUUCGGGGCCUCAAGUACAUGCACUCGGCUCAGGUCAUCCACCGCGACCUCAAGCCCUCCAACCUGUUAGUGAAUGAGAAUUGUGAGCUCAAGAUUGGUGACUUUGGCAUGGCCCGUGGCCUGUGCACCUCGCCGGCUGAGCACCAGUACUUCAUGACUGAGUACGUGGCCACACGCUGGUACCGCGCUCCCGAGCUCAUGCUCUCGCUGCAUGAGUACACGCAGGCUAUCGACCUGUGGUCUGUGGGCUGCAUCUUUGGUGAGAUGCUGGCCCGGCGCCAGCUCUUCCCGGGCAAAAAUUACGUGCACCAGCUGCAGCUGAUCAUGAUGGUGCUGGGCACCCCAUCGCCGGCUGUGAUUCAGGCCGUCGGGGCGGAGAGGGUGCGGGCAUAUAUCCAGAGCCUGCCGCCACGUCAGCCUGUGCCCUGGGAGACCGUGUACCCGGGCGCUGACCGCCAGGCCCUCUCGCUGCUGGGGCGCAUGCUGCGUUUUGAGCCCAGCGCCCGCAUCUCCGCAGCUGCUGCCCUUCGCCACCCCUUCCUGGCCAAGUACCACGAUCCUGACGAUGAGCCUGACUGUGCCCCGCCAUUUGAUUUUGCCUUUGACCGUGAAGCCCUCACUCGGGAGCGCAUUAAAGAGGCCAUCGUGGCGGAGAUUGAGGACUUCCAUGCGCGCCGCGAGGGCAUCCGCCAGCAGAUCCGCUUCCAGCCUUCCCUGCAGCCGGUGGCCAGUGAGCCUGGCUGCCCCGAUGUCGAGAUGCCCAGUCCCUGGGCUCCCAGCGGGGACUGUGCCAUGGAGUCACCUCCGCCAGCUCCCCCGCCAUGUCCUGGCCCUGCACCUGACACCAUUGAUCUGACCCUGCAGCCACCCCUGCCGCCCAGUGAACCAGCCCCUCCGAAGAAGGAGGGCGCGAUCUCAGACAACACCAAGGCGGCCCUCAAAGCUGCCCUGCUCAAGUCCCUGCGGAGCCGACUCCGAGAUGGCCCCAGCGCCCCUCUGGAAGCUCCUGAGCCUCGGAAGCCAGUGACGGCCCAGGAGCGCCAGCGGGAGCGGGAGGAGAAGCGGCGGAGGCGGCAAGAGCGAGCGAAAGAGCGGGAGAAGCGGCGGCAGGAGCGGGAGCGCAAGGAGCGGGGGGCCGGGGCCUCGGGGGGUCCCUCCACUGAUCCCCUGGCUGGGCUGGUGCUCAGUGACAAUGACCGCAGCCUGUUGGAGCGCUGGACUCGCAUGGCCCGGCCUCCGGCGCCCACGCCCGCCCCGGCCCACGCCCCGGUCCCCACACCCAGCCCAGCCCAGCCCCCCAGUCCUCCUGCCGGCCCCCCACCACAGCCUGCCUGCCCACCCUCCGGUCCUGCUCCCCUCCCCGCCAGCCCUCCUGGGCCCGCCCCUGGCCCUGCGCCCCUCCAGAAUGCCACCUCUAGCCUCCUGGCUCCCCAGUCACUUGGGCCACCCUCUGGGCUGCCCGGCCCCGGCUCCGUAGGUGUUCUGCCUUACUUCCCAUCUGGCCCACCUCCUCCAGACCCUGGAGGGGCCCCUCAGCCGUCCACCUCAGAGUCUCCCGAUGUCAACCUGGUGACCCAGCAGUUGUCCAAGUCGCAGGUGGAGGACACCUUGCCCCCGGUCUUCUCGGGCACUCCGAAGGGCAGUGGGGCCGGCUAUGGCGUUGGCUUUGACCUGGAGGAAUUCCUAAACCAGUCUUUUGACAUGGGCGUGGCUGACGGGCCACAGGAUGGCCAGGCCGACUCGGCCUCGCUCUCGGCUUCUCUGCUGGCUGACUGGCUGGAGGGCCACGGCAUGAACCCUGCCGACAUCGAGUCCCUGCAGCGUGAGAUCCAGAUGGACUCCCCAAUGCUGCUGGCUGACCUGCCUGACCUCCAGGAGCCCUGAGGCCCCACCGCCUGGGCCUCGCUGCAGGGGCGGGCCCAGCGACAGGACUCGGAAACCUUUCCAAGGGCUGGAGCCUUGGGCCCAGCAGCGGAAGCUCGGCUAGACUCUUCUGCAGGUUCAUCUCAGACACGCUCUGCAGCCUUAAGCAGCCACCUGAGCCACCACCAAGCGACGGGAGGAGCAGGAAACCUCUACUCCUUGAGCAAUCCUGUUCAGUAUUGUGUUUUUAUUAUUAUUAUUAU